AUGGAUGGAAACGCGAAGUAUUACGAGGGCUGCGGGCAAGAAGGGCCCAUUCGUUGUAUAUUUUUGUGUGAAUUCCAUCCUACAGCUGGACCCAAGAUAACGUGCCAAGUACCUGAAAACUAUAUUUCAAAAGAUAUUUUCGAUACCGUGAGCCAUUAUAUUAUACCAAAAGUGCAACUGCAGAGAUGUACUUUGACUGUAACUCUCCUUGGCUCCAAGAUCCUUGGCUUCCCUGUGAGAAUUGACAAUAAGAAAUAUGCAAGGAAUGCAUACUAUUUUAAUCUAUGCUUUGUAUGUGAUGCAUGGGCAAGAACAGUACAUCUUGAACCCUUGGUGAAGAAACUUACGGAAUACCUUUUAUCAAUGGAGUUAGAGACCGAAUGGCUAUCAAAACAGUCCAAGUCUGGUGAUGCUAAGGAUCUUGGUGGGUUGAUGAGGCAAGUUAUGCAAGAUAUAAACAGCAAAAGAAUGUGCACUUUGACAGUUGGCACGACAACCACGCACCUGACAGUGGUUAGGGUCAACAGUGACCCGGCGCCGGUGAAGGACCACCAAGUGCCGGUGUUCCUCUACAGCCGACAGUCCUUCGUUGCCGACCAGUGGGACUUGACUACCAACCAGAUUCUACCGUACAUCGAUGGAUUUAACCACGUAUCGAAGAUCGCGGCCCUGAGCGACGUGGAAGUGAGCCUCGUGCGCGCAUGCGUACAGAAUCUCGUUUACUACGGCGUCGUGACGAUCGUGCCGAUCUUCCAGUAUUGCGCUGUCUAUAGUGCUACACCUAAACUUCGGCAGCUGACUAGGUGUGCAGGUCUCCAGCGUCAAUGCGUGGAGUUUUGUGCCCGAUCCCCUCGGCAGCUGCCGAAGGUUAGCGACCUGUUCCGCAUGUACGCGGGCAUGUCGUACGGCAGCACGGUGCGCGACCUGUGCCUGCGCCUGCGCCCGCAGGAGCUCGCCAUCAACGAGCGCAAGCUCGUGUUGUUCGGCGUGCUCGAGGGACUCAUACGGAGGGUCUACAAGUAUCCAAUAACGCUCAACAACGACGACAACUCAUCAGUACGGUCGGACCACAACCAAAACAUGGUCCGGACGUACAACGGUCUGGUCUGUCUGGACGAGCUCUGUUGCCAAGGCGGUCUCUCCGCCAGCCAAUUAGAGGAGCAGCUAGAACGGGACAACAAAGUUGUGUUCAUAGUCAAGUGA